AUGCGCUCCUUACUCCCCCUCGUCACCCUUCCGCUCUUAGCUCUCGCCGCCCCGCCUACCUCUCCAACAAUAACGCGGCUCGUCUUCUCCGGCUCAGGAUGUCCCAAUGACUCCGGUUCCGUAAAGUCGGAUAGCGCGACCCUCAGCGACACCGCCGGUGUCUCCUUCACGCAACUCAAAGGUGACUCAACAGACAACUGCGCCGUGCACAUUCAAUCGGCUGGAGCGAGUGCUGGCUGGCAGGUUGCUGUCAGACAAGUUGAUUACGUUGGCGACGUGAAUUUGAAGGGAAACAGCGGGCUCGAUACAUACACACAGGUCUUCUGGAGUGAAAACGCUGGGAAUACUGGUGUACUUACUGGCGGUCUUACAUGCGCCGGUCCUGAGAUCAAAGACUACAUCACCGUACGAAGUAGCACUGCGGAUCUUAAGUGGUCAAAGUGCACGGGCGCGGACGGCAACCCCGGUAUCUUGAACGUCAACUUCAGGCCAGUCAUCCAAGGUGACUUUGGUACUUAUGACUUCAAACACGCUGCUUGGAAGCUGGAAUGGCGGAAAUGUUAG